GUGACGCGAUCCGCUCGAUCGUCUAUUGGCAGGUCGGAGUCGAAAUCGGAUUACACUCGGUCGAUUCAUGCAACUCGCGAUCAUUAUUUUUUUCUUUAACUAUUAAUUCGAACCGUGCGAGCCAUCACGUUGCUUUUUCCACCACGACGAUUCAUUUCGGACCAAUGUCGGGCGGAAUUUUCGCAUACCUGAAUUACCUGACGCCAAAGAGCAGGAAAGAAAUUUUGGAGCUACUGGUUGGCGGAUUGAAGAGAUUGGAGUACAGAGGCUAUGAUUCAGCUGGCGUCGCCCUUGACAGCGUCGACGGCAAGGAUAUCUGCAUUAUUAAAAAGCAAGGGAAGGUUAAGGCUCUUGAAGACGAGAUUUUUUAUCGUACCAAUAUUGAUUUCGAGUCGAAAACAUGCAGUCAUGUGGGAAUCGCACAUACCCGUUGGGCGACUCAUGGUGUCCCAUCAGAAGUGAAUUCGCACCCUCAGAGGUCAGACAGCGAUCAUGCUUUCGUAGUUGUGCACAAUGGUAUCGUAACCAACUACAAGGAAGUGAAGACGUUCUUAGAGCAGAGGGGUUACACCUUCGAGAGUGAAACCGACACGGAAGUAAUCGCGAAGCUCAUUCACCAUUUCUGGGUACAGCAUCCUGGUUACUCGUUCCGUGAACUCGUCGAACAGGUUGUUCAACAAUUGGAAGGAGCAUUUGCUCUCUGCUUCAAAAGUAAGUACUUCCCAGGCGAAUGCGUGGCAACCAGAAGAGGAUCGCCCCUUUUAGUGGGUAUUAAAACGAAAACAUUGGCCACGGAUCAUGUGCCCAUCCUCUACGGGAAAGAUGACCUUCCAUGCGUAAACAAAGAAGGUGAAGCGCCAACUAAAGAUCACCGUCCACACGGCCGCCCUACGGAACUUCCGGUGAUACCACGCAGCGACAGCACGUCCGAGUUUCAACCCCUCGAGGACAAGGAAGUGGAAUAUUUCUUCGCUUCUGAUGCUAGUGCUGUCAUCGAACACACGAAGCGCGUUAUAUUUUUCGAGGACGACGAUGUUGCUGCUGUUAAAGAGGGUGCUCUUAGUAUUCACCGACUUCGUCGAUGUAUGGAUGAUCCCCAUGCCAGGGAAAUCACCACCCUGAAGAUGGAGAUCCAACAAAUCAUGAAGGGCAACUACGAGUAUUUCAUGCAGAAGGAAAUUUUCGAGCAACCCGAGUCGGUGGUGACCACCAUGAGGGGACGAUUGAAUUUCCGGGAUAAUUCUGUUACAUUAGGAGGUAUUAAGGAUUACAUUCCUGAGAUUAAGAGAUGCAGGCGUCUAAUGCUCAUUGGAUGUGGAACAAGUUACCAUUCCGCUAUAGCAACCAGACAACUCUUGGAAGAGCUGACUGAACUGCCAGUUAUGGUUGAAUUAGCCUCUGAUUUCUUAGACAGAAAUACACCAGUGUUCAGGGAUGAUGUAUGUUUCUUUAUCUCGCAGUCUGGAGAGACUGCAGAUACACUGAUGGCUUUGCGUUACUGUAAAGGUCGUGGUGCUCUAAUCGUUGGAAUUACCAAUACUGUUGGUAGCAGCAUCUGUCGCGAGUCCCACUGUGGUGUCCAUAUUAAUGCUGGACCAGAGAUUGGUGUAGCCAGUACAAAGGCGUACACUUCUCAAUUUAUUUCUCUCGUUAUGUUCGCUCUGGUUAUGAGCGAGGAUAGAAUCUCUCUUGGUGCUAGGCGUCACCAGAUCAUUGAAGGAUUGAAGAAUUUGGACAACUUAAUUCGUCAGGUUCUACAACUUGAUGAGAAAGUGAAAGAACUGGCCAAGUCUCUGUUUCAGCACAAAUCUCUGCUCAUUAUGGGUAGAGGAUACAAUUUUGCCACUUGUAUGGAAGGGGCAUUGAAAGUGAAAGAAUUGACUUAUAUGCACAGCGAGGGAAUCAUGGCAGGUGAAUUGAAACAUGGACCCCUAGCACUCGUUGACGAUUCCAUGCCCGUGAUAAUGAUUGUUAUGAGGGACCCCGUUUAUGUGAAAUGCAUGAACGCUCUGCAGCAAGUCACAGCCCGAGAUGGCAAACCGAUCGUCAUAUGCGAGGAAGGGGAUGAAGAAACAAAAAUGUUCGCGGACAGAGUUCUUGAAGUGCCUAAAACGGUCGAUUGCCUGCAAGGAAUUCUCACAGUCAUUCCAAUGCAAUUAUUAUCUUUCCAUAUCGCUGUUCUCCGCGGUUGCAACGUAGAUUGUCCUAGAAACCUGGCAAAGUCGGUUACCGUCGAGUAAACGUUAAUUAAAAAUAUCGUGAAUAUGUUUCAGAACACAGCAUAGCCAUGCUUGAAAUGAUUAAGAAUCGUCUCUGUUAUAAAAAUGUUAUGAUAUAUGAACGAGGAGCGAUUUUGAUAGGAACACGUCGUAGUAUUCGAGUGAUCACACAAAAUUCACUAUUUAAACAGGUUUCUAAAUAAUUCGUAAAUCUAGAUUCGUAUUCGUAUUAGAAUUCGAACAUAUAAUUAGAAACAGAUAUUUCUUAUAAUCGUACGUGUGUAUUAGAGUUUAAAAACUUGGACCAUCGUUAGCCUCUAAUUGAACGAUCCAAGACGAUUACUCCGCUAAAAAUCAAAGAUAAUGUUCCUUUAUUAUGGGAAUACACGAAGGCGGUUCCCAGUUAAUGAUUCCAAUGCAUUUAACACGAUUGUUUGUAUCCAUAUCAAUACGAUAAGAGCCGGAACAAAGGACACAUGACGCUUUUCAGAUUACAGACUAAUCGUGAUUCUAUUCCUUGAUCAAGUUAUAAGACUGCGGUUGUAAAAUUACGUUAUUGUAUCGCAAACAUGUUUUACGAGGUUUACGUGUAUCAUUCUGAAAAGUGUACGUAUGGGUGUGCAUGUGAAUAUACAUAUAUACAUAUAUGUGUGUGUCGUAAAUUUCAAUUGAAACGGAAACGCAGCCACAAUGGACACGGAGAAUUAGGUAAUGGGUAGAAACAAUAAUUUAUAGAGAUGGUAAUUGGUACGGUGUUCACUUCGGUGUAAUGGAGUGAUUUGUACGCAUUCAAAAAUUCGUAUUUUGUACAGUAUUUUAGAGGAACAUAUGAAAUUUGAUACUUUCCCUUUAAUUUUUCUACGGAGACACAUUAAAAGUUAAGAGAAUUUUGUUAUCGACACGGUGUAUAUUCACUUCUAACUUUAGAAUUAUGUAAACAUGAAUUGCAUCCAGCAGAAAUUUUUUUAAUAAAGGAAACGUUUACUGUUUGCAAGAUAACAUGAUCCAAGAUUAAUCAAGGUGUUGGCAAAACCUAUGAAGUCAAAUAUAAUAUUUUCAAUGAAAUAUACAGUAGUGAUACCAAUAAUUAAUAAUUAGAAUAACGAAUAUUCAAAGUGAGCAUGCAUAUUAUUCGUAUUAAACUAUUAUACCAUGCGUUCAGAAUAGAAUGAAUGUAUUGUAUUUAUACUGUAAUUGAGUUUAAGAAAUAAGAAAAGAAAAAUUUUCUUUGAGAAAAAACGGCUAUAAUUGGUAUGUAAAUGUACGGAAAAUAAAUUGUUAAACAAAAAUUGAAAUAUAUUAUAAGAAAGGAAGGGUAUCAGUGAGUUCUCUGAACAAUUUUCAAAUAAUUAAAAAUAAAUAUUUUUUUUUAAAUUUAAUGAUACCACUUCUUUUAUAUUCAUGAUAAAUAUGAAUAAAAUUUGUAUAUCAUCUAUAA